AUACGGCCAAUGCUCUCGCUUUACCUCCCUCGGUGCACUCAACCGAACGUCUCAACGUGAAGUUCACGCGUCAACUCUCUGGACUUGGCGAAACUCUCGGCGCCGCCGAUACCCCCGGCGGGACUCCCGGCAAUACUUCCGGCGGUACUCCCUGCGGAACCUCAAAUAGGAUCCGCCUCCCGCUUAAGUCAAAGGGAGGCCCUCAGAGUACUGCGAUUCGCGAUAAUAUCUCUGAUUUCUUCUCUGGAAUCGCCGGGAGAAGCGCGUUCCCGUCGAGAAACGGUCCGAGGCCGUGAUAGGUUUUUGAGAAAUUUCAAGAACCAGACCCGGAUCGCCACCUCGGAGUCCGACGUAUCCCGGGAACACCUUCACGACCGCUCUACUUGAAGUUGACCUUGAAAUUCGACAUUGAAUGUCGCUCCCUCCCGCCAUCAUGCCAUCCCGGCCGCCGGUACCCUCGUCGUCGGUGACGGAUGAGUUCCGACAGUGCGCGGCUCGAUAUCCGCCAUUGGCGUCGCCGGCGAUGGAGGAGAAGACGCAGGAUACGAUCGUGCGCGCGUGUCAGUGCGCGGCACGAUAUCCGCCAUUGACGCAGGAUGUGAUCGUGCGCGCUGACGCCAAAGCCACUGGCUCGUCCGGGUCGCCGCCUCGGGACACGCCGCUCUCGCCCUUCAUGGCGGCGUCCGCGGCGGGACAUGCGUCGUCGGCGAUGGAGGAGAACAUGCAGGAUAUCGUGCGCGCCGACGGGUACUUGUGGCUCAAGUACGGGCAGAAGAACGUGCACAACAGCCACACCAUACGGUGCUACUACAAGUGCUACUGCUCCAAGAACAAGCCCCCCUGCCCGGCCAAGAAGACAGUCGACUACGACCGCCGCCUUCCCAUCUCAAUGUCCACCACACGAACCAACUACACCAACCCUCCCACAACCACCCCACUCCUCUGAACCGCUCUGGCGAUAACAAUAUCGCGCAGGGCUGCUCCCCCGACGCCGCGGAAUCGAGCUCGUGGAGCCUCGGCGGCAUGAGCAAUAUCAGCAGCAUCAGCGGCAUCAGCAGCAUCAGCAGCGUCACGCUGGCCUCACUCCCCAGCAACGAUCGCUCCCCUGCUGAAUUCGCUUCCAAUGGAGGCGCUGCUAGCCACGCUUCUCAAGCUAGUCCCACUCCCACCAAUCUGCGAUCGGACACGGCGGCUGGUGGUGGUGCGGCAGCGGCGGCUACUGCUGCUGCUGCUGCUGCUGCUGCCACGUAUGGUACAAAUCUCCAGCCGCAGAGCAGUGGGGAGUCGACUGCAUCUCUGACAGAUGCUCCCGCCGUUUCAUCCCUCCUCUUCAGCUCCUGCGAAGCGCUUACGGCUGAAGGCGGGAAUUCCGGCCAAUUCCUGGAGGAAACCAACGCUCACGAUGCAGGCUGGCCGUGCGCUAAGAGGGUCCGUCUGACACCCACUGAAGAGGCAACGUCCUCUGCAGGCUGUUCCCACCCCAGCAUGGGGUUUUUUGAGGCACUGCCUGCAGAUUUGGAGCAGCUGUGCGGCGCUGACUUUUGCAUCCCUGAGCCGUGCAGCCCUGCUGGAAUUGCUGCAGCGGAGGACUUUCUACUGGCUUUUCCGCCUGGCCUUACGAACGCCGAUACCUCGUUCCAGGAUCUUCUUCAGGAGGCGCCUUGGCUGGAAGCAGGAGAUGGGAGCCAAUGCUGGGGUUCCUCGGGGGAGUGUGGCAGUCUUGAUGGCCAAGGCUCUCACAGCGAGUCUUUUCCAUUGAAACGAGUUGCCUCGUGCAUGUGGGACGACGGCGUCGUGGGGGAAUUCCUUUGUGGGACUGUUAAGUCUGCAUCUGACAGAAGUCUCAGUUGGUUUUCGUUCAGUGGGCACGGUGACAGGCAUGAUAGCGGGCCAUGAUGUCGAGGCCUGGUAGAAGUGUGCACGGCGUUUUCAGCUUCCUGGGUGGGAGUGACUCCCUUAGCGUUUUCGACCUGAUUGGUCGUUAGUACUGAUUGUGCUCUUGAAAAGUAGGGGUGGUAAAUAGAGUUGUUUAGUGUAAGUAUCAUAAAAAGAGCCUCUUUCAUUUAG